CACGUCUACUUUUCUCCUCUAUACCCCUUCGGUGGUUUUACCUAGUUUUGCUGUUAUUCUACCAUUUAAAAGAUUAAACAAAAAAUUUAAAUAGAAAUUUAAAUUAAACGUUUUAAAUAUUAUUUUAUUGGGUAUAAAAUAAUAUCUUUUCAAAAUUAAUGAUCUUUUUAAUUAACUACACCUUUGUCAAGAAAAUCUAACCUAUUAUAACGUAAAAUUUACAAUUCUUUAUAAAUAAAAAUGAAAAUAAGACAAAAUAUCUAUUUCGAUGGUCUGGGAGUGGAAACGUUACAUUAUCCUUAUAUCAGUCAAGUGAAUGUCAUUUUGACAGAUAUAAAGUCAUUUCAUCGUAUCAAGCGAUUAAAAACAAAUUUCGUCCCUGGCAAUACUUGAUAUUUAGCGAAAUUUAUAGUGCUCAGAAUAGUUUUUGACGUAUAAUUGUAUGAUACAUAAAGAUUUUCAUUGAAUAUUUAUUUGUCAAAUAAAAAUCAUAUCAUAUAUAAAUAACCAGUUAGACAGUAUUUAAAAGUGAGUCAACAGAGUAAAUCUAGAAAAAUGUCCAACAUUUAUUUUGUUAUGUCAAAGAAGGAAAAGUCUAAAGAUUAUUGUAGUGAAAAUAUGAUGCAUGCGUACUAUGUUAAGAUGUGUUGAACAUGGUAUGCAACCAGUAUGGAUCAAUAAAAACAAUCUUAAUGAAAUAGAACUUACACAAUUUGAUACCCUUGUGGUAGAAAAAUGUGAAGAAACUUCAAUUAAUCAAUUAACAAUAGCUAAAUGUUGUAUAAUUGAUCCAGAAAAUUUAAUAUCUUUUUCUUGUGCAACUCAAGAUAGAAGUCCAGUGUCUAUAGGAGUCAUGCGAGAUCUUUGUAUAUGUACUUCUUGUUUAUGUUUCGAAGAUAAGGCAUACAUACAAGCAUUAGUGAAAAUGAUGAGUGGAAAUUUUACAACAGACUUAGAUGAUAAAGUAACACAUCUUAUAACAUCAUCUGUUUUGUCUGUUGAAUAUGAAAAAGCGAUACGUAUGAAAAUACAUAUAGUUAAAAAAGAAUGGGUUAAAGCAAUAUGGGAAGCGAAUAUGACAGAUUAUGUUGAUCCAGAUGACAAGAGGUUUGAUAAAUAUAAAGUUCCUAUGUUCUAUAAUUUAGUUGUAACAACAACAAAUGUUCAGAGAUAUGAAAAGGAAGAAAUUGCACGUUUAAUUAGAGAUAAUGGAGGAAUAUAUAUGAAUGCUUUGGAUUUAGAAAUAGUUAAUAUAGUACUUGCACCAGAAAAUAGUGAAAUAAGUCCGAAGAUCAGAUAUGCAAGAGGAUCAGGUAUUGUUUGUUUAACACUAAAUUGGUUAUAUGAAAGUGCAAGAGUCGGGCAUGUUUUGCCUUUUAGGUACUAUAUAUUUGAAACAGUAAAAGAACAUUAUUUUUCAAGAAUAUUAAAUGUAUGUGAAACUCCUAGUUAUUCUACAAAUCACACAACAUAUGACAAAGAGCAAGACAAUUAUAUAGAUGAAACCGCAUUUGAAACCUCAACAAUAAGGAAUGUUUCUACUUUUUCUACAGUUGCUACAGUUUUGGAUAGACCUGCGUUUUAUGAAGCAGAUGCGGCUGGUCCAUUUUUAUAUGGUUGCGUUAUUUAUCUAGCUGGAUUCACUUCUGAUCAAAAGGAUAAACUUAACAGAAUAUUGCGUGUAGGUAGUGCAAUGCCAUUUGAUUAUGUAUGUGACAUUCUAACACACAUUAUUGUCGGGGACGAAGAUAGCGCAGCUAGUGAUCUAAAAUUAUUGAAAUCAGGAGGAUUAUGUCCAUAUGUAUUGACACUGGAGUGGUUGGAAGAGAGUAUCAAAUUAAAACGGCGCGCGCCAUUAAAAAAUUUCUUAUACAAACGAGAAGAUAGUACACUUCAAAAAGUUAUGAAACUAUCAUCUUCAUCAAUUACGAAUUCGCAACUGUUGCAAGACAGGAUGUCAGAAGAAGGGGAACAAUCAUCUAAUCUCGGUGAACAGGAGCGACAAAAUGCAAUUGUUUCAACAACUGGUAAAACGGUGCAAGAAUAUUUAAAGCAGUGUACACAUCCUUCGAUUCAAACUCCAGAAAGUCUUGGAGGAUAUAUAACACCACCUGAAACAGAUAAUAAUAGUGAUACUAUUAAUUAUAGACUAUUUGAAGGUCUGACAUUUGUCGUAUCUGACUUCUGUGACAUGAAUAAUGAUGUGCUUGAAAAUAUAAUAGCAAUGAAUGGAAAAGUAGUUCCAGAUACGUUCAUUAAGAUUCCAGACUAUGGUAUUGUGCCAAGAUGUGGUAUGACUUUAAAUUGUACAGUGAAAGAAAUUGUUACCGAUUUGUUUAUUGAAGAUUGUAUAAGACAGGAUCGAAUAGUUGAUAUUAUGUAUUAUCAUAGACCUAUAUCUGUAACAAAUCAUGUAUUAUUAGGUUGUGUUCUUACAAUCAGCACAUAUACAGGAGUUGAACGAUCGUAUCUUGUAACAUUAGCUAUGGAAUUGGGUGCAACAUACCAAGAUGUUUUCACCUGUGAAAUGAUUAUUGGAGGAGAUAUGUAUAAAAACACACAUUUAGUUUGUUCAGUACCGGAAGGGAAGAAUUAUAACGUUGCAGUAAGGUCGAAAAUACCAGUUGUUACCGCAGAAUGGUUAAAAGCCUGUGCGGCUCAAUUAACACGGGUUGACGAAACGCCAUUUCUUGUCGUAAAAAGUUUAGCCCCAUCAAAAGGCCCAAAAAGACCAAUGGAAACAGACAUAUGUUCAUUUCAAACUAACACAAAGCAAAUAGUUUUUUCUACUGAACCAAUAGCCAGUAGUUCAAAAAUCUACAACAUUAUUGUUCCAGAAGAAUAUUUUUUAAAUUUAGAAGUUCAAAAUAAUACUUUUGAUAACAUGCAGUCACCAAAUAAUGAAUACAGCUUACCUAUGAACACAACUUCUGAAUCAUCAGCAACACUAUUUCAAGAGUUUAGAUCCAUCCCUUCAUCAGAGAGAGAAAGAUCUCCUUUGAAAAGGCCAUUUAGUACACCUGUCUCAAUACUUAAAGACUGGCAGGAAGUAGAUGAAAAUUUAUCAGAGAAUAAUAAUGCAGGCGAGAUAUGACCUGCAGCAGCAAAAGAUGGUUUCAACUAGUAGAAAUUAGAAGACACAGAUGACAAUAGUAAAACUGACAAAUGGGACUAAUAUGUAAGUUAAAAGAAAGUUUUAGAUAAGCAAAGUAUGUGAGAUAUGCAAAUAUUCAUAAAGACCUAAGAACAGUAAUUGACUGUACUUCCAAAAUUAUUAUAAUAGUAUCAUUGUAUUUAUAUACAAAUGAAGAUUAUACAUCAUACAAUUAAUCGUUUCUAUAUUCAAUAUAUAAAAGUUAUUAGCUUCUACAAUACUAAAAGCAGCAGUAAGUUAAUUGUUGCACCUCCAGUUUAAUUGUAAAAUCAAAAGAAGUACUGGAUCUAUAUUUUGAAACACGAUCGAAAGGAUAAACUUUUUACUAUAACUGUAUUUGAAUAGGAAUUUGUGGUAUAAUUUAGGAAGUACGAUGGAGGUACACACUGACUAUGUUUUUUCUUAUGAAAGUGUUUUUUAUGCAGAAUAAAGAUUCUACAUCUCUAAUAGAA